CAGCAUCGAAUCAUGGUCCAUGUCUUUGGCUGCAAAAUGCUAGAAGUGGACGCUUCAUGGGAUGGCAGGCUGGCGCUGAAAAAGCUAAAACAUCUUGGCAUGAACUCAUGUACAAACUUACAACUUCCCGCCAAUAAAGCUGACUAUAACGUGUGCAAUGGCUUCUGAAACUAUUUACUCCGGAUUAAUAGCAACAUCCACUUCAUUGACACAAAUUAAUAUCUUCAAUGGGUUCAUUACUGUUGAAGAUGGAAAAAUUAAACAAAUAGGAACCACAUCGGAACUAAACCAAUUACGUCACUCGAACAGAUUAAAUGGAUACAAUAUAGUGCAGCUGCGUCCAGGUCAGUUUCUGAUGCCGGGGCUGGUGGACUGCCACACCCACGCCCCACAGUUCCCCAACAUAGGGCUCGGUCUGGACCGACCACUGCUCGAGUGGCUUGACAAGUACACGUUCCCAUUGGAAAAGAAGUACAGUGACACACAGUUUGCUGCUGCUGUUUAUGGCAAAGUUGUGAGAAGACUGCUCAACAAUGGUACAACCACAGCUUGUUACUUUGGCUCGCUAAGCCUGCAAGGCACCCUAGAGUUAGUGCAGAGUGUCAUAGCUCACCGACAGAGGGCGCUAGUAGGCAAAGUCAGCAUGAACCUACACAAUGAUGCAGGAUACUACAACACUACUGAAACUGAAAUCAAGGAGGUGGAAAUAUUUGUCAGAAAAGUUUUGGAAGCUAAGAAUGACCUAGUGCAGCCAGCUAUAACUCCAAGGUUUGCUGUAAGCUGUGAUGAAGAACUCAUGACUAAUCUAUCAAAAAUCGCACAGAAAUAUGACUGCUUGAUCCAGAGCCACAUAUCAGAGAAUAAAGGCGAGAUACAAUAUGUAUUGGAGACUAAUCCAGACUCACAAAGCUACUCUGAAGUGUACGACAAAAGCAACAUUUUAAAUAACAAGUGUAUAAUGGCGCACGCAGUUCACCUGAGCAGCCAAGAGAUGGCGUUGCUAUCACGUCGCGGGGUCUCCGUGGCGCACUGCGCCGCCUCUAACACGCGGCUCAUGUCGGGCCUGUGUCCACUGCGGAGGAUCCUGGCCAGUGGCAUCAACGUGGGCUUGGGGACAGAUGUGUCCGGUGGCGACAGUGCGUCCAUUUUAGACGCCAUGCGACGAGCCAUGGACGUUUCUCAACAUCUGCAGUUGCAGGGAGAAGCAGACGCGGCAAUUUCUUGGAGGGAAGCUUUCUAUCUUGCGACACUAGGUGGCGCUAAAGCUCUAUCUCUUGCGGAUAAAAUAGGCAGUUUCGAAGUGGGCAAAGAAUUUGAUGCAUUGCUGAUAAACGUAUAUAAAGAUGGCGGGCCAAUAGACUGUCACGACUACUCUGUGGACACAACGGAAACGGAAGUGGGCGAAAGCAUGUUGCAGAAAUUUAUCUAUCUGGGAGACGAUCGAAACAUUGAAAAAGUGUACAUAAAAGGUGUUGAAGUAAAACAUAGCCUGUAACAACCUAUUUUUAUACUUAACAAAUAAGGACAGAUUAUAUUCAAUAUACAUAUUUAGAUAAAUAAAAGCCAAAGUUAUUUUAAUAAAUUUUAUUUUCGUGAAA